CGCGCGCCUGUGUUGUCUGCCGACUCGCCUGACGUCACCGCUGGAACUGCCCUGUCACGCGCUGUUAGUAAAAGUUGGGAUAGGAGCUCGAGACGGAGAGCAGCAGAGAAAUUACGGACGAACUCGAUCAACGGUCGCGCUGACGCACAACGCUCACCCCCCUCCACCCCUCCGCGCCGCGGGCGAAAAGUUCAAGCCGCCGCGAGAUCGCUGAAGCUCCGCAGAAGGUCGAAGAGUUUGGAUUAUUCUGAGCGAGAAGCAAUAACAUUUCUGCCCGGGCUUAGAGAAGUGCAGUGCGGAGGGAAAGUUUAAAAGUUUGCCUUUAUUAGUAGUCAAUGUAGUGAGUUUAUUAAAGGGUCGGUGUACUUAGACGGGUGAGCCCGAGCUGUCAAACCCGAUGACUACUGCAAACUGCCCCGGGAAUGAAGAGCUGGACUUCAGAUUGAUCUUUGGGGAAGACGGGCAGCAGCCGCCGCUAGGCCCCGCAGAUCUAGAAACUGAUGAAAACACAUCAUUUUACAUCCUCAAUGUGGGGCAGCCUCCUUCACUGGUGAACCAAUCACACGGUUUCCAGCGGCAUGGAGGCCCACCCUCAGCCCAACUCAUUGCCACCUCCCCAUCCCUGCAGGCCCAUCACAAGGUCUAUGAGCCCAGCUACGAGCCCCAGGACUCUAAAUACACGCCCACAGGGGUGGGCGGAGGAGGGAAUGGCCCCCCAAAGGCCUUUGAAUGUCCCAGCAUCCAGAUCACCUCCAUCUCCCCGAGCUGUCAGCAGGAGAUGGAGGCCAGCGAGGAUGAGAUGAGAGCGAAGGGUCCGGAUGGAGACUACCACGACAGACCUCUGUCUCGAGACCACCUGUAUCUGCCCCUAGAUCACUCGUAUCGAGACUCAUCCCUGAGCCCGAGUCCAUGUAGCAGCCUUUCCUCCCGUAGCUGGUUUUCAGACGCUUCAUCCUGCGAAUCCAUCUCGCACGUGUAUGAUGACGUGGAUUCAGAGCUAAAUGAAGCAGCGGCGCGUUUCACCUUGGGCUCUCCGCUCACCUCACCCGGCUGCUCUCCGCAGACUGGACCGCAGGAGGAAGUGUGGCAACAGCAGCAUCACCAUCAUCACCCGGCCUUCACUCACUCCCUUUCUCAUUCGCAUGGCCAUUCUCUCUCACCCCGCCAGUCGCCUUGCCACUCGCCCCGAACCAGCGUCACAGACGAGAACUGGCUGAGCCCUCGCUCACCCUCGCGGCCCUCUUCACGUCCCACGUCGCCCUGCGGGAAGAGACGCCACUCCAGCGCUGAUAUAUGCUACCUGGGCUCUUUAUCGCCUCAUCACUCCCCGACUGCCACACCCGGCCCCUCGCCUAGGGGGAGCGUGACUGAAGACACCUGGAUAGGAAGCCCAUCUAUGGGUGUGUCGCCUUUUCAGUGUUGUCCCUCUGAGGCUGACAUCCCCUCCAAGACGAGGAAGACCUCCCAGGACUGUACAUCAGCAAUCCAGUCAGGAAAGGGCGACCUGGGCAUGGAUGACUCGGGGAAUGUGUCUCCUUUGCUUGACUCACCUGCUGAGGACGGCAUGCACGGAUUAAAGAAGGAUGGAUCUGGAGAGCAGUUUCUUUCAGUCCCAUCUCACUUCACGUGGAACAAACCCAAACCAGGACACACACCUAUUUUCAGAGCAUCCUCCCUGCCUCCCUUGGACUGGCCGUUGCCGAAUCAGUACGGGCAGUACGAGCUAAAGAUUGAGGUUCACCCCAAAGCUCAUCACAGAGCUCAUUAUGAGACCGAAGGCAGCCGAGGGGCCGUCAAAGCCACAUCCGGGGGACACCCUAUUGUCAAGCUUGUUGGCUACAAUGAGAAGCCAGUGAACCUGCAAAUGUUCAUCGGGACAGCGGAUGACCGUUAUUUGAGGCCGCACGCAUUCUACCAGGUUCACCGCAUAACAGGAAAAACUGUUGCUACGGCAAGCCAGGAAAUUAUCAUCGCCAGCACGAAGGUUCUUGAGAUUCCUCUCCUUCCUGAAAACAAUAUGUCUGCCAGUAUUGAUUGUGCUGGAAUCCUGAAGUUGAGGAACUCUGACAUUGAGCUGAGGAAAGGAGAGACUGAUAUUGGACGCAAAAACACUCGGGUCCGUGUGGUGUUCCGAGUUCAUAUCCCACAACCCAAUGGAAAAGUGGUCUCACUGCAGGCUGCUUCAAUUCCAGUGGAGUGCUCCCAGCGCUCAGCUCAGGAAUUACCUCAGGUUGAGAAGGCCAGUAAUAGCAGCUGCCCAGUGAGUGGAGGAGAGGAAAUGGUCAUCACGGGUUCUAACUUCUUCCCUGAGUCAAAGGUCAUUUUUCUGGAGAAAGGUCCUGAUGGACGACCGCAGUGGGAGGUGGAGGCGAAGAUCAUCAGAGAGAAGAGUCAAGGAUCUAGCAUCGUGGUGGAGGUGCCUCCUUAUCACAGUAAGACGGUCACUUCAGCAGUGCAGGUGCAGUUCUACGUAUGCAACGGCAAACGGAAAAGGAGCCAGUCACAGCGCUUUACCUAUCUGCCAGUACGGGUCAAGCAGGAACAUAGGGAUGAUCUGGACUCCCCUGCCGUGCCGCCCAUGUCCAUGCCUCUGGUCCAUGCUGCCAGUUUGGUUUGUGCUCAGCCGCUGUCCUCCCCAGAGCACUCCCACCCACCAGACAGCCUUCUGUCCAGCUCCCCACGUGGCCUGGCUGCAGGCCUGCAUCCUCUCCAGGCCCCCUGCGCCCCAAUGGGCUCCCCAACUCUUCCCCACCUGCCUCACCUUCAGGCUCAAGGGCUGAAUGCACCUCCUGAAUGCCAGAUGCCCUUCCACCCAGGCCCUGCUGCCAAUGCCAGGCCAUCUUACCCACCCAUACAGCACAACAUGUCCUAUAACGGCCAGCACAGUCUUCCUAUGACUGCGGGCUCCCCACAGGCAUACGAGCGAAUGCCCUUCCAGACCGACCCGGCUGGGUGUCACUCCCUGGGUUUGGGGAUGGUGUAUGGACCGGCUUCUUCGACACCCACCUCUGGAGUGCCUCCGGGGCCUGGCUCCAGUCCUAACCAUGCAGCCUGUACGGGUAGUAACCAGGUCAUGGCCCACUCUGCCCCUCACCUUCACUCUCUAGGCUACCACUGCCCCACUCCAGGGCAGGUCCCGUCUCCCACCCACACACUGGGACAGACGGCCCCACAGCUCCAGCGUCCCCUGGUUUACCAUCCGGCCGGGCAACGGUCCGCCUCCUGCCCCACACCCUCCAGUGCUCCUGCUCAUAUGGUGUCAUCUCCCCACUCUGGGCCCUCAUCCCCCCAACUCCAUUCCCUCCCUUACCACUCACCCACCUCCCCGUCUCCUACAUCCAGCAGCCCCCUGGGGCCCAUGGCACUCUCUGGACAGCCUUCUCCCCAGGCUAGCAGCCCUGUCCUGGCUGGGUUGUCCCCUUCAGGUCCCUUGGUUCACCCAUUGACACAACAGAGCGAGAGGCUGAACAUCAAACAGGAACCAGAGGAUAGGGAGCCCACCUUCCGUACCAUCGGCCUACAGGAUAUUACGCUUGAUGAUGUGAAUGAGAUCAUAGGCAGAGACAUGUCUCAGGCCCCAGAGGCUCAUGGGGGCUCGCCAGCUGCACACAGUCAGUCCUAGCCCACACCAAGCCACGUCAGACUCUCAGACAGAAUCUCCGCAGGACUCCAGAGCCGGGCGACGAAAAUCCACCCAAAAGCCAGCGCCAGCCUUCGACAGUCCAAAAACAGCGCUUCCCAGCGUGGAUCCGGAAGCAAUUUGAGCGACCAUUAUUCCUCCUCCUAGAUUCACAAACACCGAGGCUGUAAACGAUAACAGCCGGGAGAGCUGGGGGUAUACACUGUAUGCAUGCACACAAAAUCAGGUGUACUAUACACGAGCACAGACGCGGUCGAGCGUGUGUCGUUCUCCUGGAAAUGAAACCAUUAAUUCAGGGCUCUCUGACGGCAUGAUGUAUUAUUAUUUGUAGCUCGCAGAUUGGCUAGCUAUGCAGUCGAGCACCCUCACCCCUGACCGGAGUAUGCAGUACACAGCAGCGGUUCUACGGUGGCUUUAGUGGGACAGCCGAGGGGUGCUCCGAGCGUGCCGCGUGCCCACGUCACGCCUCCUUACCAGCGCAAACGCCGCCUUUUUCAGUACACAUUCUCCCAGUGCUGCCCCCUAGAGGACGGGCCCUCGGGCGCUGCACUGAGUCUGUAGUAACAAUAUGCAACAUUCCACAUGUCUAGUGACCUUUCUGAGCUGUAGAUAAUCUGUUUAAUGAUUGGCCCGUUUCCUCUUCAGGUUGAACAAAUGCCUUAUGUAGUAGCUGUGAUUGUGAACAGGCUUUCCGCUGAGAAUUUCUAUUAGCUUUUUUUCUUCUUUCCUUUUUUUUUUUGAAGAUGAGGAGGACACGGCUGAAUCCAUUGUGUGCGUUUUAUACUUAGAAAGUAGCCGAGCUUCGUCUUUUGUUCUGGAGUGCUGUGAACUGUGUUGGUUCAUUCUUACUUUGACAGUGCUGUGCUUUAAAAGUCAAGUGAAUUGUUAGCAGACUCUAAAGAUUACAUGCGUGUUUUGUAUAGUUGCAUGGGAAAGAUGAACUCAUGACCGUAGACCAAAAGGUCUGGAGAUAAUAGUGCUCAUAUAUAUAUAUAUGUAUGGGCUUCACGUGCAUUGAACUCAGACAUAAUAUGUUGACUAUGCUGAAACUCGCUUUGUGCCUUUGAUUAGAGAAACAAUUAUGCAUAAACAAUUGCAUUAGACAAUUUUAAAAAAACUAACAAAAAAAAAAAACGUUGGCUUGGUGUCAGGGAAACCAUAUUAAAUUGGUUGGGUUUUUUUUUUGUUUGUUUAGGUUUUUUUGCCCAAAAAUGUUGCAACCUGACAAUCAGCAUGUAGGCUAUCUGUUACAAUUGAGUGACUCGAAAGAAAGCCACUCUCGGUUUGUAUCCCCACUGCAUUCUGGGGGGAAAAAAAAGGUUACAAUCUAAACCAGAUUCCAAACUGCUCAACCCAUCUUAGAUAAUUAUAGCGCACAAUUUGCUCUCUGUACAAAAACAGGUAGUGCAGGGAGCAGGUUUGCUCCGUCUACUCCGCUCAGCGGUAGAGCAGACACACAUCUACAAGCUUCUAUUGGCUCCUCGCCUUAAAUUUAAAUCUGGAAAGUUAAUUGUUCUCUUACAACAAUUUUCCUCCAUGAAAACUGGCACAAUUUAAUUUGAGAUGUUGGGGUUUUCCUGUUGUUUUGGAGUCUUUGAGACAUACAGCUGUAACCACGACUGUUAAUUAUGUUUGAAAAAGACAAAACUAUGCUAUGCACUAUAAACCUGCCUUCUGCCUUUAAGAAAAAUGUAAAAAAAAACACAAAAAAAAACAAAAACAAGACAAAACCUUGAUGCCUCUAGAUUAGAUGCUGUAGAGAUGCUUCUUCGUAGGGUAGUAUGCCAGACAAAAGAUGCGUGUGUCAAGAUGUGUCUGUUCAUGCAUAGAGCAAGCGUCUUAAUGGUUUUGUGAGUAUGUACUUAUGUCGGUUUGUAUCCAAUGAAUUGUAGAUAUUUGUUUUGUAUCUUUUAAAACCUCUUAGAAUUUGAAUGGUGUAAAAGCACACUGAUACAUUAGGCUAUGCAAGGACAGACGAUACGAUGGUGUGAUAUUUUCAAACAUACAAAAAGCAGGUUUGUUUGUUACUCUUGCGUCUAUACAGUAAGUAUAUAUAUUUUAUUGUAUGUAAACAUAUAGUGACAGGUGUUUUCAAUGCCACUUUUGACUAUUUAAUUUAAAACUAUCAAAUAUACGGUAGGAAAGCCUUAACUUGUGUUAAAAUGCAAUUUUAGAGAACGUGUGUCAUAAGGUUUGGGUUUGAUUUAGGUUUAGUGGUUGUUGUUUUUUUUUUUUUUUUUUUCAGAAUCAAGACAAAAAAACACGCAAACAAAGAAAAAUAAAUAAAGACAGGGGGAGUUCUGGGAUGAAGCAGGGUCCCUAGAUAAGCACCUAUUUUCAUUCUCUAGAAACCAAAGAUCGAACAAUGUGUUCCCAUUUUACAUCCAGUCAACAACGCAAACACCAGAACUCUAUUUUUGAUACUUUGAAAUGGAUGUCAUUCCUAAAGUUUGGGUAGCUUGGAUGGUUUGUAAAAUAAAAGUACAGGUUCAGUUGAUGUUUACGGAGCCUUGUAUUGUCGUUUCAUGUACAUUUUGUAUUUAACAUUUUGUAAUUUUUAAGACUGCAGUGCUUUUUGAAAUUAUUCAAAGGGAACACCGUGCGGCAUAGGCUCUUCUGAGGUAGUGUAUCAUCAAUAAAAAGAAUAAAUACCCAAAUGUC